AUGNCAACGGCGGGAUUCGCAGCGGCGGUGGCAUCUUCUUGGCCCGAUCCUUCCCUCAGCAAACUCCCGCCUCGUCUUCCUCUAUCGUCGAACUUGAAACCUUGGGCCACGAAAGUUGCUGCUCAAACCUCCACCAGGCGUUUCAAUUUGGAUCGCUCCUCUAAAUUGAGGCCUCAGGAUUUGUGGGAAGACCCCGACCGAUGCGGCGACAGCUUCGAUGACGACGAAGACGGCGACGAUGAGGACGGAACCGCCGAAACAUCGGCCUCCGAGAAUGACGAGCUAGUUAAAAAAGAAGUUGAAGACCUGCUAUCCCCUGAAGAAAGGGCGAUUUUUCAAGAGAACAAGACUCCUGUUCUUUCCAAAAUAUCAACUAUGAUGUGGAGCCCAUUUCAUACUUUGACACUAGCAGGCCAGAUUCCGUACAUGGAUCAAAUGAUUGAACUUGGUACUGAUAUUGAUUCUGUUGACAAGGAUGGUUUAACUGCUCUCCAUAGAGCAGUGAUUGGCAAAAAGGAGGCUGUUAUCAGCCAUCUUUUAAGGAAAGGGGCAAAUCCUCAUGUCAAAGAUAAGGAUGGUGCCACUCCUCUACAUUAUGCAGUUCAAGUGGGUGCCAUGCAAACUGUGAAGUUGCUGAUCAAAUAUGGAGUUGAUGUAAAUAUUGCAGAUAAAGAUGGAUGGACUCCGUUGCACGUUGCUAUGCAAAGUCGAUCUAGAGACAUAGCAAAAGUAUUGUUGGUAAAUGGUGCUGACAAGACAAGGAAGAAUAAGGAUGGGAAAAUACCACUGGAUCUAAGCUUAUGCUAUGGAAAGGAUUUCAAAUCAUAUGAGCUUGCCAAGCUUCUCAAACUUGUUCCAGCAAAUAGAGAUCUGUGAAAACUUGCUAUAAAGUUUUGAUACAGCUCAGGUAAAGUUUACAUGUAUACUUGUUAAUUCCGUAACAAUCCAUUUGACGAUUUUUUAUCCUUUUUUGUGCUAUGUUGGAGGUCUUAUGUUCCCACCAUAGUUUUGUCAUUUGCUCUGAAGAGAGUGGAGAUCUCAGUCCUUCAAACUAAUCCUUCGUCCGAAAAUCUUUCAAGAGCCUAGUUAUUAGAUUUUGAGAUGUUCAUUGUACAUUAGUUUUUAAAAUAUACGAGCUUAUAUAACUAUACUAAAUGAUCAUUCGCUUG